AUGGAUAAGUUAAGCAUGAAGGUUGAUUCUUUGAUUGGAGGAUCUAGUCAUAUAGAAGAUGUUGAGAAUCCUAGAGAACAUUUCAAGGCAGCGAUCCUAAGGAGUGGGAAAAUUGUGGGAGAUAAAAAGGAAGAUGAGCUAGAAGAGGAAAAGAAGAAAGAAGAUGAAGACAAGAAUGAAUCUACUUCAAAUCAUGAUGAAGUUAAUGAGGAAGCAAACAAUGAGAAGGAAGUUGAAAAAAAAGAAGAGGAAAAGUAUGUGCCUCCACCACCAUACAAGCCACCAUUGCCAUAUCCUCAGAGGUUUCAGAAAGCAAAGCUAGAUAAACAGUUUGGGAAAUUUUUGAAAGUUUUGAAGAAGUUAUACAUUAACAUCCCAUUCACAGAUGCAAUUUCUCAAAUGCCCUCAUUAGAAGAUUAUGAAACUGUGGCAUUAACGGAGGAGUGUAGUGCUCUCUUACAGAAUAAGCUCCCACCGAAAUUGAAGGAUCCAGGAAGUUUCUCUAUUCCUUGUCACGUUGGGGACACUAGUAUUGACAAAGCAUUGUGUGAUCUUGGAGCUAGUGUAAGUUUGAUGCCACUCUCCAUUUGUGAAAAGCUGAAGGUAGGAGAUUUGAAACCCACCACCAUUUCUUUGCAACUAGCUGAUAGAUCUAUUAAAUAUCCAGUAGGAAUUUUGGAGAAUGUGCCGUUAAAAGUUGGAAAAUUUUUCAUUCCUGUGGAUUUUGUGGUUCUUGAAAUGGAAGAGGAUAUUCAUAUACCUAUCAUUUUAGGAAGGCCAUUUUUAGCCACAGCAAGGGCUAUAAUUGAUGUUAAGAAUGGUAUAUUGACAUUAAAAGUUAGAGAAGAGGAGGGGGAAUUUAAUUUGAAUCAGACUUUGAAGAAACAUCAUGGAGUUGAUCCUUGUUUAAGGGUGGAUAUUAUUGAUGAGAUCGUGGAAGCAGAAUUUAGGAAAAGAUAUCCUGAGGACCCUUUGGAGAAUUGUUUGGUACAUAGUAGAACAACAAAGGAUGAAAAUCCUGAAGUUGCAGCUUUUGCUCAAAUUUUGGAAGCUACUCAAGAAGUUAUAGGAGAUCAAGUUUUGCAAGUUGAAGAGUUGAAACAUGAAGUUGCACAACCACCUUUGCUAGAUGAGAAGGAAGCACCACAGGUAGACCUCAAACCACUUCCAUCUACAUUAAAGUUGAAGGAAGCUCUAACAACAGCCCCUAUUAUGCAACCUCUGGAUUGGUCAUUGCCAUUUGAGGUUAUGUGUGAUGCUAGUGACUUUGCUGUAGGAGCUGUACUUGGUCAAAAAAGAGAGAAGAGGUCUUAUGCAAUUUAUUAUGCCAGCAAAACUUUAGAUGAUACUCAAGUAAAUUAUGCCACCACUGAGAAAUAA